AUUGACCUGGCUCCCGCGCCACAGCGGACCCUCUUUGGUAAACUCACCAAAUUCGACCGUUAAAACUUCGCUGGUUCUCCGAUUAACACCUGGCAGCCGGUUCCCGGUGAAAUACAUUUCACCUCCAGCGAGAAUUCCGUUACAAAUCGACCUAUAUUUGUCUCCCUCAAACUCCUCGCUCCCGGAUCAGAAAAUCCAGAGAGCAAUCGAUCGAGAGAGGGCGUUAGGGUUUGCAGAAAGAGAGAGAUUUAGGGAUUUUACCCAAAUCGAAAAUCCUUAAAUCUUUCUCCUUCUCCGCCCAAUUUUCCCUCUGAUUUCCGAGCCCUAAUUUUCACCUAAUUUUCCCAAUUUUCGGUUUUGAAUGGCAUCAAAAAUAGCGUACGAUGCCGUUCCGAAUCCGAAAACGGACUCCGCCGCGGAAUCCGAUGACGGUGAGGAAUUGAUGCUCGCGAGGAGAAGCGGGUGCUGUUUCUGGAUCCCUUGCUUUGGAUCCGAACCCUCCUCUCCCGACGGGUCGUGGGAGCGGAUCCGUUCCACCGGCGACUACGAGGGUCUGUGGUGGAACCGCGGCUGGAAGAAGAUCCGGGAGUGGUCGGAGCUCCUCGCGGGUCCCAAGUGGAAGACCUUCAUCCGGCGGUUCAACAAAAACAACCCCAGGCGGUCCGUGAAAUUCCAAUACGACCCCAUGAGUUACGCCCUCAACUUCGACGAAGGACCGGGGCAGAACGGUAAUUUGAGUGAUGAUUAUUUGUACAAGGAUUUCUCGUGCCGGUACGCGUCAAUUCCGGCGUCGGCCAAGUCGUCGAUGGAUUUGAGUAACGACUCACCCUCCUUGACGUGAGAGUCACGUGAUGAGCGGAUGUAGAGAGGGUGUGAAAGAAAGCAGAGGAAAUUGAUGGUGGGUGUUCGGUGCGCUGCGCGCUGGGUUGUGCGGGAGAGUUGACGGCGGAGGAGAAUAGAGGAGCGCGGCGGCGUUUGAUUAUUUUGCUAUUUAGGAAGCCGUGACUGUUGGUUAAAUUGGAAAAUGUACGAUCAGAUUUUUUUCAUUGUUUCAUUUGUUCAUUUAAUUAAUAAAUGGCAGGUCCUUCAUGAAAUA